GCUCAUGGGAGCUGCUCCCAGCCACAAACCAAGCCCUGAUGAAUUUACUCAGUUUCAGUGUUUUCCUGUACAGGCAAACUCCCCUGUUCUCCACAGGCAGGAAGGCAGAUGACUGCCUGCCCCUGCCCUGUAGCAAGGAGUUGAUGAAUCAUUUCCUUUUCCAUAUUUUAGUGAAAUUGUGUUGUUCAGAGCUCAUCUAGAGCAUUUUAAUGUUUUGAGCACUUGCACUCUUCACUCUCUUCCUGGAAUUGUCUGAAGGCUGGAUUUUGUUUUUGUCUCCCUCCCAACAGCAGUUGUUACUUGCUCGCAGUGUUGCAGAGCAGCUUAUCUGCGUGCCCCAGAAGGGUGGGACUCACAGAGAUCACAGGCUUUGUACAAUGAGCCAAAGCCAGCCUGCUGACUACAAGGAAAUUUGCGGAGGGUUUCAGCCGUGAGUGCCACGUGGGCUUGGCAAAGGCAGUGAUUGCACUGGUGGGACCCAGCUGGGUCCAGAGCAGCCACUUCCACUGCUGGGAACAAGGGAGCAUCCCCUCACCCUGGAAAACCGCUGCCUGUGUCGCAGGGCUGUGCAUCUGUGCUGUCCUGUGUUGAGAAGGGCAGCAGCAGGAGGAUGCAGUGCUGUUCCUGGACACUUGGGUCGCAGGUACUCAGUGCCCACAGCCCCAGAGCUGGGAGUGAGCCUUGAUGUGACCUGGGACCGCUCGCUUAAAGCUUUUCACUCCGCACCUGCCCCCUCUGCAGGUUCUCUGUGCUUACCCACGUGUUUCAUCAAGUUACUGCAAAGCCUGCAGGAGUCCAAACUCAUUCUCUUCAAGGCUCAGAAUACAUCCUUGUGUUCCCGAGGCAGAGUAAAAGGAAGGCACCAAUUUGUCUGGUUUUUUUGCCUGGAGUCUCUGCGAUGGAUGAUGGAGCAGAGUCUCUGCUGACUGUGCAUCUCCUCACCCAUUUGGGACACUCAUUUCCUCUGCAGCAAACUCUGGAUCGAAUUUUGGACUGGCUCUGCCUCGACAUUCGCCUUUUCCUGGUGUCUGAGCGAACUCCUCCGCUGAAAUACUAUGAGAGGUACCGCAAGAGGAGCUGCAGCUUUCCUGGAAUAUCCAUCCUCCUUUUUCUGCACGAGGACUUGGGAGAAGAACGGAUCUUCCAGGUCCACGAGCAAUUCCAGCGCCCUCCCUGGCGCUACCAGCGUGCCCAGUUUGCCAAGGGGCAGAGCCCGCCCUGUGCCCCGUGCCAGCAGGACUUCUACGGGCUGGACGAGCAGCUGCCCGUGUGGGGCGUCAGGCGGGCGCAGCGCGGCCCCGAAAUCCUGCGGGUCACCCUCCACUGCAGCUUUGAUAACUACGAGGACGCAGUCAGGCUCUACGAGCUGAUCCUCCAGAAGGAAGGCACGCUGCAGAAGAGCACGCUGUGUGUCUUCGUGCUGCACGCCACCCCAGACGUGGCCGUGCAGCUGUGCCUGAAGCAGCUGCCCCCGGGGGUGACGGCCGAGCCGCCCGACUCGGCAGCGCUGCAGUUCAGGGUGCAGGAAAUCGGGCAGCUGGUGCCCCUCCUGCCCAACCCCUGCGUGCCCAUCAGCAGCUCCAGGUGGCAAACACAGGACUACGAGGGAAACACAAUUCUGCUCAAGGUUCAAAGCAGCUCCAGGACCCCUGAAACAAACACCGGGCUUUCCCAGCAGCACCGUGAUACAGGCAGCGGACGAAUCCCGCAGGACUGUGUGGCAGCCCCUCUCUCUGUAAAGCAGGGUCACCCUGGGCGGGGAAGCCAUGAGCUCAGGGCUCGGCAGGGUGGAGCACAGCCCGAGCCGGGUGCAGGCCUUGCCGGUGAGCGGGCGUGCAGCGAGGCCCCGAGGCCCGCGUGUCCCACUCCCGGGCCAGCAGCGCGGCCGGGCCGGGCGCGGCUCCGCGGGCAGCCGGGCGGGAGCCUGCGGGCUGCUCUCCCGGACACCGACCGGGACACCGGGCCGGCCCUGCCGAGCCCCGGCCCGCUCAGCCGGCUCCCCGGGGCCCUGCGGAGCAGCCUGCUGCCGCUGCCGGCCCCCGCGGCCUGGAGGAGCCGAGCAGCGCCCGCAGCCCCGCGCUGCCCCCCGCCCGCACCGGCCGGCCCGGCUCGGCCCGCAGGGGAGGAGGAGGAGGAGGAAUUCUUCAUAUGAGCGAAACCAUGCCUGCCUGACGUGAAAUAAAUGGGCAGGAGAUCUUUCUCCUUUUUAAUGCCUUUAUUAAGAAGAAUCAGCUCAGGUGGGGAGAAAUCGACGGGUUGCGCCCUCGCCGCCGCUGCUCCCAGGCGUGGCACGGAGAAGGAGGAUGAUGCAGUUUUGUCCGCUGGUCUGCAGUCAGAGCUGGGGACUCUGUCCUCACGGGAGAGUCGUUGAGUCCUUGUCUUGUUUGUUUAAAAACCCGGGGGGUCUCUUUAAUCAGUAUCUUUUCAGGUUAGGGUGAGAAACAAAAGGGUCCAAGCAGGUACGGGACUACGCUCCCAUCCUUAGACGUCACUUAAGUCACUUGUUGGCUCGUGAUUUUAGGGGUUUUUCUUGUAAAAACUGUAAAACUGUAAAAAUUCAGGGCGCAAUGCAUUUCUCAUCUGCAUACUGGUUCUGAUGUCACUGCCUAUUCUCUUUACCUUGGAGGGUCUGUCCUGGUGUCUUCUUGGCAAGCGGCCAGCAUCAGGGAAACAAUCGUUAAUCACCGGCCAUUAACAGGUAUUUGAAGAGCUUUUCUUCGGCAGCGAAACUAAAGAGGUCUGACUUGUUUUUUUAACUCUGAAACUUAAAAAAAAUACAACUUUCUAUUCAUAACAUGACGGACUCAUCCUUGCCCGAGGACAGCGGAGCGCUUUUGGAUGUGCUGUGAAUGCUGCAGCUCGGGUGUACCUCUGUGUGACUGCUCCUCCUCAGGGUGUACCUCUGUGUGACUGCACCUCCUCAGGGUGUACCUCUGUGUGACUGCUCCUCCUCGGGGUGUACCUCUGUGUGACUGCACCUCCUCAGGGUGUACCUCUGUGUGACUGCUCCUCCUCGGGGUGUACCUCUGUGUGACUGCACCUCCUCAGGGUGUACCUCUGUGUGACUGCACCUCCUCAGGGUGUACCUCUGUGUGACUGCACCUCCUCAGGGUGUACCUCUGUGUGACUGCACCUCCUCGGGGUGUACCUCUGUG